GUCGAAGGCACUUAAGCUUUUGGAGCCGCGCACCAGUCCUACUGUGGAUAUUUCAACCGAAUAUAAGAAAAAUGAGAGCAUUGAUGGCAAACUGGCAAUUCACAAAAUUGCAGGUCUGUUUCUUCAGGCAGUUCUUUACAUCAGUUCCCAAAGUUGAUUUCUUAACCCUACGCUAUGGGUUCAUUAUUGCACAUUUGGCACCCCAGAGUGAGACGAAAUUUGAUUUCCAGAAGUACAUUAAGAGAUCGCUUGAAGAAGAUUUCAAAGUUGUCGUAGGAAUCAACCCAAUCAUCUGGUUCUUUGCAGUGUUAUUCCUAAUGUUCAACACCCAUGGCACCUACUCUUAUUUAUGGUUGCCUUUCCUCCCUCUGAUUAUCAUCCUGCUGGUGGGUACAAAGCUUCAAGUUGUGAUAACUAAUAUGGGGCUGAGGAUUCAAGAGAGAGGAGAGGUGGUGAAGGGGACUCCAGUGGUGCAGCCAGGGGAUGACCACUUUUGGUUCAACCGUCCUCACCUCUUGCUCUACCUCAUUCACUUUGUACUUUUCCAGAAUGCGUUUCAACUAGCCUUCCUAGUAUGGACAUUGUAUGAGUUCGGCUUAAAAUCUUGCUUCCAUGAGAAGCGGGGAGAUAUAAUCAUCAGGAUAUCAAUGGGGAUACUCAUACAAAUACUAUGCAGCUAUGUCACUCUUCCUCUAUAUGCAUUGGUGACACAAAUGGGUUCAACCAUGAAGCCUACCAUCUUCAAUGAGAGAAUAGCAAAUGCUCUACGGAACUGGCACCAGGAAGCUAAGAAACACAUUAAACAUAAGCGUCAUUCAGGCACGAUGACCCCAUUUUCAAGCAGAUCAGACACUCCAUCAAGGGGUGUGACCCCUCUUCACCUCCUUCACAACUAUAGAGGUGAAGCAGACAGUUCCCAAACAUCACCAAGGAGGUCUAAUUUUGGUAAUGAAGGCUGGAAAAUAGAAGGGCCUGAUAGGGGCCAUGUCCCAGAACAGAAACACAAAGCUACUAAUAAAGUAGAUAAUCCUUCCCAACAUGAAAUCGAGAAUGAACCUUAUGAUUUCUCAUUUGAUCAAAGAACAGGAAGGUGAAAACUACUUGUUUAGAGUUGUUAUCCGGAAAAAACUCGAAACUAAUUCUUUAAAUUUAGCUCCCUCGAAGGCUUUUUCUACCAAUAGUUUCCAAUACAGCAAUCGUCACAAUGUAUGAAAUUUAAACUAAUAUUGAAUGAGAAUAGCAGAGGAGCCAACCCAAUUUUCAAGCAACCUUCAUUUUGUUUAUAAUAAACAUUAUUCAAUCAUUUGCUCUCUUUACGAUCCAAAGAGUUCUAAUGGAAAUUCCAUGGACAUUUGUUUCAGAAAAACAGGCAAGACAGAAGCAGAUAAGAGAAGAUCACCAAACUUUUAUUCCAUACUUGGAUUAACAUCUUACAAAUGCAACAAACCCAGAUAUCAAACAUUAAAGAAAAAGAAAAAGAAAACACUUCCUUAUUAUGGCAAUAUCUUAAACUUAGAACAAAGGCAAAUCCUUUCUUUUAGAGUAAUCACUGCCCACCACGGAGACGAAGAACAAGGUGAAGGGUAGACUCUUUCUGA